GUUGAGCACGACGGGUGAGGAAAGUUGAUGGAAUGACGCAAGUUUUGUAUGAAAAAAAAUGAAGCAAGCAAAUAAGUGGAGAACAUGGCGACCACUACGGCAGCACACGAAGAACGGUGCGAACCGUGACAAAGUCUACUGCUGCGAUGAAACGUAGCAGCAGCAGCAUACAGCGAGGAACAGGAGAAGGAGUGCAGGUUUGUCCUCCGGAUAUCGCGCAUCAGCACGUGUAGGUGUGGAAUCUCUUAUCUUUCGUGACACGGAUUUUAAUAUAUGACUGUACUGCAAGUUGUAGAGCAGAGGAAUUACAGCUAGUACUAUCUCUGCUGGAAAGCAAAAGCACGCGUAAACGUGGUGGAACGGAGUCAAAGUAGCCAUGGCGUCUUACACUUGCGCCUACAUGUGUGGCGACCAGCGCGUCUUCACGGAACGGCUACCAUCCGCCCGACUGUGCCAGCCUUUCCUCACUUCGGUCCUGGGGCUCACCAUUGGUUUUUUUCUCGCGUUUGCGACCUACAGCAUUGGCACGAACGCGACGAUACUUCUGUGGGGCGGUUUUUUUUACUUCGUGCUCUUGUUCCUCGCGGUUCACGUGUUUCUGAAGAAGAAAUUUUACUACGUCACAAAUUUUGUAGCGUUUUUUGCGGUGUCGGCCUUCAUCCUGCUGUUUCUGAUCGGGCUGAAAAACGUCAUCCACUUGAUACACGACAACGUGCCAGAGUUCCUUCCGGGUUGCCUUCUUCUCGCCACGCUCACCAUGCUGGUCACCAUCUUGGUGUAUUUGUACAAGAUUUUCCUUUUCACCGAGGACAACCGGAAGCACCGGAUCCAGGCCGUGUUCGACAACAGUUUUUACGUGGUUGACGUCUGCACGGAAACGGAGCAGCGCGAGGAGAUGGAGUCCACGGCGUUCGUUCUGUUCCGUUUUGCCAAGUGGGUCUUCUCUCUCGAAAUGUUCGAGGAUUUUGAAAUAUGCAUUGCAUGACAUGUGUCCUCUGGGUCAUCUAGGAGGUGAAGGCUGCAAGAACGCUUGUCAUGCGUUUGUUGACAUGAUUCUGAACUUUGUGACGCGUAGGCACGACGACGGCGCACAGAUUGAUCCUCUUGCUUGUCAGCUGAAAAUAAACUUGUGCCGCUUGGUGGCGGCCGCGGAUUGAUGAAAUAUUACACUAAGUUAAACCUUCCUGACUCGGAGACAUAUGAUUGGCAUUCAAUAUGCAAUUACCUGGUGGUUCCCGGCUAGUUGCGUGUCCGCGACCGACGUGAGCACCGCCGCGGCCAUGAACGCCACCCUGCCGCAAAACGAAAUCGCGGAAAUCAAUAGCGCACUAUCGCCGACCAGCAAUGGUAGCAGGCUUUCUGGAGGGGCGGGCCGUCCUCGAGGAUGCGGUAGUACCUCGCUGCGAUGCGGGCCCUCGAAGGGCGCGAUCAGUAUCCCUUUGUCGCCGGCGAUGUCCUCGACGAAAGCGCAACAGCUGAACUACCUGCCUUUUGCACAGGGGGUGCUCGCGCCUCCACCACAUGCUGACAGACCCGACGACGACGAACUGGGUGCCGUCUCUAGAAGUACCCCUACUGCGGGGGCUCUCGGCGAGGGCGCACGAGGUUCAUCUCGCAUAGUCGGCACUUCUUCUGAGGGUACUACGUCAUCGGCCGGGCCGCCCGCGGGGACGGGAACAAUUCUGCCGCAAUUGAACGUUCCAUCUACGUCGAGAACAGCGUCGCAGGACGGCACCAAAAACGCGAUGGACCCGAUCAAAAUCCGCAAUCGGUCGCUGAAGCACGUGAAGGCAGUGUUAUACGCCGUGGAGGAUGUGUGCAACUGGCUGCCAGUGACGGGGAUAUCCGGCCGGUGCGUGGAGCACAUCGAAGCCGGGGAGCAGCUUACCUUCCACCCGCCCGCGCUGCUGCGCUCUGGGAAAAUCAAACGAGAGUACUGUGGCCUGUGAUAUUGUUCUGUCCAAUAUUGCUGACUUCUAAUACUGAGCAUUAGUAGCUGCCCCAGGAAAAAGAAAUAUAUUCAAUCAUGCUGACUCUUCUUCCAGAGUUGGAUACGACCCCCACCCCGGGUGUACAAGGAUCGAUAGCAAGGCAGUAAAGUACAUGUUGCAUUGUAGCACUAUUGAGAAUAAGUUGGAAUUUGAACUUCCACAAAAGGUACCGUCUGAAGAUAUUUGCGCCCGGUUGUUGCGACCGCGAGCUCGCCACAUGUAUUUGUCGGCGCGGUAUGGUGUUGGAGUUUGUGGAUGUCACACGGAGUCUGAAGAGAAAAGUCGUCAAGCCGCCGCACCAUUACCACCGUAGCAGCGGUGUGUCAACAUCGUCCUCGUCCGCACAGUUGCUACACAGCAGCUACCCGGUCGGCAAAGCGGCGCACGACUUGUUAAACGUACGAAAAUCCAUGGCGCACAGCGGAUUGCCCCCCGCGCCGGAGCAGAUGAACACGGCCAGUACUAGCCAUGGUUUGUUGAGCCAAAGUGCGGGGUGCGGCGGCGGGGGGAGCGGUAGCAGAAUGAUGAAAAUUUUGAGCGACUCUAGCUUCCAGGAGAGCAGUUUCGCGGAGGACGAGGAGAAUGCCUUUGAAAGCGAAAGAGCUGCGCCGGCCUAUAUCUCGCCCUCCUACGGCCCGGGGAUUGGACACCACAGUGAGUCCUUGCGACGCACGCCUACGCAACUACUCCAGAGUGGCUUCGUAGCACAGGGUCAUGCCGAAAGCAGUGCGCAAAGUGGUAUGAUGAAAUUAGGCACAUCAGCAUCUACUUCAUCUUCUCUGAACGCCACCACACCCGGACGACCCAACAUGCAGCAACGGCGCAAAGUAGAUUUGUCGUCGUGCAAGAAGCUGCCCAAACUUGCGGAAGUCGACGGAGCAGCGUGCUCCGCAACGAGCACUGUGGUUGACGUGGGCGAAGAAGCAGUGCAGCCACUGUCGCAGCAGUCGGCGACGCUGGACCGGCAGACAAGUUCGAAGAGCACCGCGUCCAGCGGUUGUGUCACGGUAACAGCAGCAGGAGGUAGUAGUCUUGGGAUGAUGAACUCAAAAUCUUCCGGGAUUUCUAUCGGGCGCAACGCGGUGUCGUGCGGGAGUCUGUCGAAGUCCGGAAGUCGCACAAGCAGCAAAACCACGAGCUCGUCGACCGAAUUGCUCAAGCCCAGCAGCUCCCAAAACUUGCUCCAGCACAACAAGACGUCGUAUGAUAACCUCGCGAGCUUGGUGCUUUCCGAGUCGUCGUCCUCAUCCUCGUCCUCUUCGGGGUCGGAAAGGGAAGAUCCCGACCCCUUUGAUUUUCACCUGCGCGGCCUCGGCAACUACAGUACAAAUAGCAGUGACCACGGUGCUGGCGCGAGUUCGUCGCAACAAGAAAAAAGGGACCCUGCAGGCGACAGCUUUGCCGAGGAUCGCUUGCCGCAGACGGGAAACGAGCUGGAUCUUGGUCCUCACGACGAGGAGUCUGCACUUUGUCCACCGCCCUCGCUUGAUUUUUUGAAAGACAGCUAUGAAGAAGGUGGGGAAGCAGACGACCACUUUGAACCGGGAGAAGUAGGUCUGAGAAUGCAGCAGCCGUCAACACCAAAUAGUGUGCUAGAGCACCCCGCCGAUCCUUUCACCCAGCACGAUCUUCCGCAUUCCUCGUGCAAUAACUCCAGCUCCGAGUCCGAGGAGGCCGCUGGACUUAUCACGAAUAGUGAGAGGAAAAAGAAGUCUUCGACCUCGCACGUCGGGUGGACAGGCAAACAGCAGAAAAGCCGUACCCGAUCGCUCGGGAACAACAACAAGCUGCGACACAAAAUAAAGCAGGAUCCUCGCCCUCUCGUUCAUUCCCAGACAACCAGCCAUAGCCAAGGACUAGGAGGGGCGGCUUCCUCCGCCUCCUCGACCUUGUUUCUGAAACGCCCCCGCCGGGAUGACUCGGGCCGGCGUGCUACGAGCUCGGUGAAAAUAAACCGACGAAGUUUUAUGUCAACGACGACCUCCCCCUGUGAUAUUCAAGCAGCGAGAAUGUUCGACGUUCACGGAGAACAAAAUGACCAGCAAUCUUCCGCAAUUUUUAGCGAGGACUACUACAACGACGACGAUCCGGACGACGACGACGAGGAGGUGGUGGACCACCUUCCCCCGGGUGCGACGUCCGAGUCGAUUCGCGGCCUCAUCUCGCACUCGGGCCGAGAGCGUUCGUACGGCCCCUGCGGGUCGUCUUCAAUAUCACUAGGCCGCUCUUCUGGCAUGAUGAGCAUGACACUGCGCCGCAGCGCGACCACGUCGCCCACUGCAAACGCCUCGACAUCUUCCAACCGGUCGUGCGGCACGCGCGCCGAAGGUAGGGAGACGAACCAUUGUCGGCGCCGUUCACGGCAACGCAUGAACCAAUUGCUUGCUGCCGCGGUCCACGGGCGAGCCAGCAGUAGUGGAGGUGGGUCUGAGCAACGAGACCGGUUUUUUCCCGAACCGCACUACGCAGCUCUACUGCGCAGAGAUCGCUCAGCCCACGAUCAUCGCCGCGACGGCAAGGGUAGAUUUUACCACAGUCCACAGGGAGGUGAUGAAAGCUGCAACCAAUCGCGGAACCGCACCUCCAGCGCGUCCUAUAAUCUGCGGGGGAGCGGCGGGAAUUCCAACACGAGUUCACCCAUGCUGAAUUGCAGUGUGACGGUGCGAAACCGGUCCGCACAGGAAAUUCGUGCAAAGAUUUUCAACCCCGGGGACUACUUUUUCUUCGUGCCAGCGCAGUCGACGGACAAAAUUCGCCCUCGAGGGGAGGCGGAGAUUGUUUUGUUGGACGGCCGGCAUGACCUGUACACGCUGAAAAUUUACAGCAGCACCGGUGGCAGAGAACUCAGCUACUGCACCGUGCGACGCGGCGAGACCUAUACGUAUCACGAUGGCCUGCUCUGA